GGCAGAAAAAGGUGCGCGCUUCCUUAGGGCUAAAUCUACAAUUGCGGUAUAUACCAGGAACAAGCUCUUCUUGGUAUAUCUUUGUAAAAUUUGGUUCUACAAUAGUCGAAUAACGUUCUAUUCGGUAUAAAUGGCGGUAUAACUUAUACCAGUGAAAUGAACCGGAUAUACUGCAGAUAAAGUUGUUCCUUCGUUCUAUUGGUCAAUGAGUGACAGCGUCUUAUUUCGUGGUCUGGUUUCAUAACCUACAAUUUCUCCAUAUGUAAACAACUUUGUCACGCGAUUUAAGAAAUUUUGAUUUACUACGAUGGCGGGAAGAAAUAUGUCUGUAUUUGAUUCUGAUGAAGAAGACGAUAUGUUUGAUAACAUGUUGACAGUAACAGCUCGGAAACCUAAAGUUUUUAAAAAUCGACCCAAUUACUUUAUAGAAUACACCGAUCUGCAGUUUUUUACUCGGUUUCGAAUGCAAAAGCAAACCUGUGAGACCCUGUUGCAUUUGAUUGUGAAUGAUCUCAAAUCUCAGACAGAACGGAAUCGAGCUAUUUCACCAGCAACUAAAUUAUUACUCACUAAGAUUUUAUACCACUGGAAAUAUGCUCAUAUCAGUUGGAAAUUUUGCAGGAGUAAGCAAAACAUCUGCCUGUUCAAUUGUGAGACAAGUUUCAGAGGCUAUUGCUCGGUUGCGUCCGAAGAAUAUAAGAUUUCCAGAAAAUAUUGCCACCAGACAAAAAGCGAAAGAAAAUUUUUAUAGAGUUGCCAGAUUUCCACUGGUCAUUGGUGCGAUUGACUGCAC